GACUUUUCAUUUUUGGGUGAACUAUCCCUUUAAGAGUCUUGCAUGGGCUCGCUUAGACUUGCAUGCACUUUCUGGAUUUCCUGCGCUGCUGUCAACACAAUUAAAGAUGUUUAGAGUUCAGGGACACUGAAAACAUAAAAGUUGUGUUUUGGUGGUAUAAUUGGUCCUAUUAAUUCUUCUGCAUAUUGACUCUAAGCACUGUAAAAUCACACUGUGACAUUUUGUGUAGAGAGGGCAUUGCAGGAAAUGUAUUUUAUUUUUAUUUUUAUUUUUAUGAAUGUGUUGAAAGCUGUAAAAACCUUUGGUUGUGGCUUAUGCCAUUGAGUUUUGGCUUGUGGUUGUGAUGUGGGCCUCAUUUAAAAGUACAACAGACGCUCAAAGUCAGAUUUUGUGUUUAUGUGCAUGUGAAAACUAAGCACUAGUAAAAGAAUUUAUGCAUGCUGGUGAAUUAUUUCAAUUACUGACUGUACAUUGUUUAUUCACAAACACUGUGGCUAUUGGUGUUUGUGUGUUUUUUGGCCUUGUGAACACAAACACAAGUUGUUGUUUUAUCUGUGAUAGAGUUCUCUCCUAAUGAAAUAUGUACACACAGCCUACCCAUGUAACACUGUCCUGACUUGAACCAGGAACUGUGAGUGAAUGUGCUUGUAUUUGUCAAAUGUCCACAUGUUUAGACUGCUGUGUUUAAAGGAGAGCACAAAGAAUUAAGUGAAAUCAUCAAUAUUAAUCAAACAAUCUGUCUAAUUGGUCUAAUUAAUCAAACAGUUGUCUAAUAUCAGUCUAUAACUGUCAAUGCUUACAUAACUCUUGUUGGAAAAAAGAAUUUGAGAAUUUGACACUCAUGUCAUUGUAUUUACAAAUGAUUUGAGGAACAAUUGUUUCAAACUAGAAAAGGAAAGUUUGUCAAGAAAAACGUUGAAUGUUGGCUAGAGUCUUGUCUGAAAGUUGAAAAAAGCCUUCUGAUGGGGGCCUGGGUAGCUCAGUGAGUAUUGAUGCUGACUACCACACCCGGAGUCAUGAGUUCGAAUCCAGGGUGUGCUGAGUGACUCAAGCCAGGUCUCCUAAGCAACCAAAUUGGCCCAGUUGCUUGGGAGGGUAGAGUCACAUAGGUUAACCUCCUUGUGGUCACUAUAAUGUGAUUCUCACUCUCGGUGGGGCGUGUGGUGGGUUGUGCGUGGAUGCCACGAAGAAUAGCGUGAAGCCUCCACAUGCGCUAUGUCUCCACAGUAACGUAUGUUGGUCUCAGAGGCGGAGGCAACUGAGAUGCGUCCUCCGCCACCCGGAUUGAGGCGAGUCACUAUGCCACCAUGAGGACUUCGAUCACAUUGGGAAUUGGGCAUUCCAAAUUGUGGAGAAAUGGUAGAAAAAAAAUAAUAAAAAAAAAUAAAAAGGCUUUCUGAUGUCUGAAGUAUAAAUACUUGGGCAGUUUGAAAAGAGAUUUGAAGUUUGAAGGCCAUUUUUUUUAAAAAUCUUGGGUGGUUUGAAGUAGGAUUUUGACGUUUGAAGAAUAGGCCUUAUGUAGUGAGUGAAUACUUGGGCGAUUUGGUUUAUUAUAGCAUUUCUAAAUAUCAGUAUCGGCCAUUGAAAAACACAUAUCAGACUACCACUAACUCAGAGCCAGUCUCUGAACAGUCAGUCGAUAAAAGUGGGAUUUGGGAUUUUUCAGGAUUUUUCUUUUUUUUUUCUCUCUCUUUUUUUUUUAUAUAUUUUUUUAUUGUCCGUUACAGGAAAACUGUAAGUCCUAUCAAUUAGGGGGAAGUCAGUACAGCCUAAAGUACUAUAAAGAGUUUAGAAGUCAUAGCUUGAAAGCUUUAGGAGUAAUGUUAGUCAUAAAGUUUGAUUUUGGGUUAGGGAUUUUGAAAAAACCCUGAUAAAAGACGUGGAACUGUGAGGCUGGAACUGUUGCAGACGCUGAACAUGGGGAGCCUGAGAGAUCUUUUAUGUUCAACCUUGAUGACUAAUGACUGCAGAACUCCCAUCCAAGAGGUCUGGAUACUGGCCAUACACCGAUGAUGAAGAUGUGCGAUACACAGGCGUGCCAUGGUGUGCCCCAGUGAAGGUCAAACACGGUCACGUUAGCUGCCAGUCACCACACGGGGAACGUUAUAAGAAUGUCCUGGGAACUCGGUGUAAGAUCCGAUGUAAGACAGGCUACGAGAUGCACGGCAGCAGUGAGAUCCUCUGUAUGGCCAGCAAGCAGUGGUCAGGAAACUACGCCUGCAGAGAGGUCCGUUGUCCUAAACUGGCCAUGCCGUCUAAUGGAGGUUUUAAAUGUUCAGACGGGUCCUACUUCAACUCCCGCUGCCAGUUCUUCUGCUCACCAGGAUACACUCUCCGUGGAGACAACAGCGCCACCUGCCAAAGCAGUAGAACGUGGAGCGGUGGCAACAGUGUGUGCUUGGAUGUGGAUUCUCCAGUUAUUAAGUGUCCUAAUAUUAAGGAGAAGACAGCUGAACCUGGGAAACUCACCGCCAAAGUGACAUGGGACACACCAGAGGGAAAAGACACAGCGGACGGCAUCCUAACAGAUGUUGAACUGAAAGGAAAACCACCAGGCACGCACUUCCCAGAAGGAAAUCAUAAAUUAUCGUACACGGUUUUAGACCGGGCUGGAAACAAAGCGACCUGCAGGUUCAAUGUUCGAGUGAGAGUGCGUCGAUGUACUCCUCUCUCUGUCCCUGACAAUGGCUGGAUGAAAUGUGACAGCGGGGGUGAUAAUUACGGGGCCACAUGCGAAUUCCGCUGUCUGGGUGGCUACGAGCUGAGGGGCAGCGCUGCCAGAGUGUGCCAGUUUAACAUGGAGUGGUCUGGCCUGGAGACUUCCUGCGCUCCUAUGAAUAUUAAUGUUGGUGUGCGCUCUGCUGCCGCACUACUGGAUCAGUUCUAUGAGAAACGGCGCCUUUUGGUAAUCUCUGCCCCCUCUGCUGCCAAUCACUACUACAGAUUCCAGAUGACUAAUUUACAGCAUGCACAGUGUGGUCUGGACUUGAGGCAUGUGACAGUGAUAGAGCUGGUUGGGGUGUAUCCUGCUCAGAUUGGCCGCAUCAGACAUAGACUCAUCCCUCCAGGACUUGCUCUACAACUCAGGUUACUGCUGCAGCUGUCUCAGAACUCAUUUAACAUGGUGCUGUUGGACAAACAGGGUGUGGAUAAGCAACGCUACACUUUCCCCAUCACAUCAGCAGAGAUCUUCACCACCAUUGACACCUUUCCUUUGCGCACUGAGGAGGCCAUGCUACAGAAAGAGGCUGGGCAUGGCUGCUAGACACACACACACACACACAGUUCCUUAUUCUUUUGUACUGGGUAUAAGGCUAACCAAACUACGCGAGUCUGGAUAGAGCUGCUACAUCUUAUAUUGAAAACACAUAUGCACACACAUCUUUUAACACAAAUGCAUGAGUGAAUCUCUGUUGUUUGUCUUUUUUUUAUUUGUCUCUAUUUAUGUCUGAGUGAAGUCCACUUUUCUAAAGAAAUACUACCAAAGCCAUCUUAAAGGGUUAGUUCACCCAAAAAUUCAAAUUGUCUCAUGAUUUACUUACCUUUAAGUGAAGAUUUUUAUAAGCAGAUUUCAGCUCAGUUUGUCCAUACAAUGGGUUCCAACAGUCUGCUGGCUAUUUGACGGUCCAAAAGGCAUAUUUAGGCAGCAUAAAAGUAAUCCACAUGACUCCAGUCGAUCAAUUAAUGUCCUCUGUAGCAAAUCGAUAAUUAAAAAAUUAAUUUUUUUUACUUUAAAUCGUUGCUUCCGCCCAGCGCUGUAUUACUGUUUCAAAUGAACUAACUCUCGCAUGACUUUCAUUCCUUUGUUGUAGUGAUGGAGUCGACUCCAAAAGAGUCGAUUCCUCGACUGUGACUUGUCCUAGAAUUGGAGUCGACUAUGAUACAGGAAUUGAUUCUUUUGUUCGUCUCCGUAACUUUACGAACAGGACUUUGUGAUUGGCUCAAAAUAAUGAAUUGUCAUUCUUAAGAACCAAUCACAUCCUCUACAGACACCACCUCAUUCAUCAUGUGCGUUUAAGUGAGAGAUAAUGUGCAUGCUUGCAAAAGAUAGAGAGGGUGUGAGAUUUUAAAACUUUCAGAAGCUUGUGUAGUAUUACAUCAAUGCAAGGGAAAGUGGUUGGAGAAGUGGAUUCUCCCAGUUUGUCUAGUUUGUCUUGUCAACGUCUGGAGUCAGGAAUUGGAAUCAACUCCAAAAAACUCGAAAUCGAACACCCCUACUUUGUUGUUUACAAAGCGCGCGCUUCCGACUUCUCGCAUGAACACGCCAUAGCGCUUACAUCACUGAAGUUUUUAAUUAUCAAUUUAUUUUUUUACACAAACUCAUCAAUUUGCUUCAGAAGACAUUAAUUGAUUAACUGGAGUUGUGUGGAUUACUUUUAUGUUGCCUGUAUAUGCCUUUUGGACCAUCAAACAGCCAGCAGCCUGAUGGCACCCAUUAACUUGCAUUGUAUGGACAAACAGAGCUGAAAUAGGCUUAUAAAAAUCUUCAUUUUGGUUCUGCUGAAGAAGGAAAGUCAUACACAUCUCAGAUGGCAUAAAGAUAAGUAAAUCAUGAGAGGAUUUUCAUUUUUGGGUGAACUAAACCUUUAAUGUAAUAAAGGCCUUUUUGAUGAUUGACAAUUGAGAGUAUUGAACUCAGAUUUCUUAAAAUGCCUGUCAUGUUUAUCUUGGUCUGGUUUAUUAAAUAAAUAUGCUCAAAAAAUUCUUUCAAAAAUGUAUACUUGUACCUAUUUUAAAUACUUUGAUUUAUAGUCAUCAGGACAACAUUUGGGUAAUGUUGUGAUCCUUAUUUUUUUCUGGACCUGUUAAUUUAUUCAAAAAGACAUUAAAAAUACAAUUCAUGGGCA